UUUUACACAUUAAAUUAAAUUAUAUAAAUAAUAAAUUAUUAUUAUUAACAUAAUGGACGGAAAAAAUAAACUUGUAAGCCCUUUCUACAGACCCUGGAUGACAACGUAUGGAGCUGCUGCACCAGCUGGUGGAUCUAACAAGGGUCUGAAGGGCAUCGUUGCUGGUGGAAUUACUGGAGGUAUAGAAAUAUGUAUUACAUAUCCAACUGAAUAUGUAAAAACACAAAUUCAACUCGAUGAAAAAGCUGGUGCUAGAAAAUAUAAUGGUAUAUUGGAUUGCGUUAAGAAAACUGUAAAAAGCCAUGGUAUAUUUGGUUUAUAUCGUGGGCUUAGUGUGUUACUUUAUGGAUCUAUUCCAAAAUCAGCUGUUAGGUUUGGUGCAUUUGAAGCUCUUAGCACUCAAAUUGGAGGCAAUGGAGAAUUAACAGCUACUCAAAGAGUGUUGUGCGGUCUUGGUGCAGGCGUGUCUGAAGCCAUACUCGCAGUCACCCCAAUGGAAACCGUGAAAGUGAAAUUUAUUAAUGAUCAACGGCUAGAAAAACCUAGGUUCAAAGGUUUUUUCCAUGGGACCAGUAUUAUCAUCAAAGAACAAGGUAUUAGUGGUGUUUAUCAAGGAUUAAUGCCAACUAUAUUGAAACAAGGUACUAACCAAGCAAUUAGAUUUUAUGUAAUGGGUGCAUUAAAAAAUCUUUACAAGGGAGAUGAUCCUAACAAACCAGUACCUAAACUAUUAGUUGGAGUUUUUGGUAUGGUAGCAGGUGCUGCCAGUGUUUAUGGUAAUACACCAUUGGAUGUUGUUAAGACACGUAUGCAAGGAUUAGAAGCUAAAAAGUAUAAGAGCACAGUUGAUUGCAUGCUUCAAAUAUGGAAAAAAGAAGGACCUACAGCGUUUUACAAAGGAACUGUGCCUCGGCUUAGCAGAGUGUGUUUGGAUGUUGGUAUAACUUUCAUGAUUUAUGAUUCAUUCAUGGAUCUCUUCAAAAAAGUAUGGCCUUGAGUUACCUAAUAAAAAAAAAAAUCAACAACUAUACAAAAAUAAUAGUAAAACUAAAAGGAACACUGUGUAACUUGAUCCUUUUUCUGGAUAAUCCCAGUUUACUGCACAUAUUUUUCACCUAAUUAUCGAUACAUUAAUCAAUAUUCUGUCAACUGUACUUUUUAAAUGUUUUUUUAUUACUCAAAUUUUAAAAUUAGAAUGAAAAAUUAAAAUUAUUUAAGUGCUGUUAUUUUUAUAAUAAAUUAUCUGGUACAAAGUAAAUUAUUUUUAUUGGAAAUUUUUACAUUCCAAAAUGAAUAAGACGCACACAUUUUUUGUAAU